AAAGGAAUUCACUGAAUUUCCUUGCUAAAUUUUUGUGUUUCAGGGGAUACCUGCUAACAGCGCCAAAGAUAUUCCGCUCAAACUCCACCGAGCAAAUAUGCCUCUCCCUGCUGAACUUGGAAGGAGACGGCAUGGCCAAACUGACCCUGACGGGAGAGGGGGAUGAUGCCACCCUGGCCACCCUCGAGCAUCCCUUCGCUGACGGGAGCGAGGAAUGCUUUCCGUUCCCCGUCCCCCCCGUGGCGGAGCAGAGCGGGAGGUUGCACCUCCAGCUCACGCUGGAUGCCGUGCCGGACUACGAGAAAUACGAGAGCGAGUGGGUGAACAUCAGGGAAUACCAGAACCUCCUCUUUGUUCAAACGGACAAGUCCCUUUAUCUUCCCGGGCAGGCCGUCCGGUUCAGGAUCCUCGUGCUCGACACCGGUCUCAAGCCCCUCGAGAAACAGGUGAGGGAAGUCUGGGUGGAGAAUCCAUCGGGCAUCCGGACAGCCCAGUGGAAAGAGCCAGCGUCCACGGCCGGCUUCGUCCAACUCGAAUUCAAACUCCCCCAGGAGCCACCUCAGGGGAACUGGAAGAUCAAGGUGGACGCGAGGGGGAGAAGUUUCACAGAGGAGAAACAAUUCGAGGUCUUGGAGUACGUUCUCCCCAAGUAUUCCGUGAAAAUCCAGACGCCGAAGGUCUUAUUUGGUGAUGCAUCCACCUUGGACCUGAAAAUUUGCUCCAGGUACACCCACGGCGGAGCGGUGGAAGGCGAGUUGUCACUCAAAGUCGAACCGAGUAUCUCCAUAUUCGACAACCUCAAGGAUAAUUAUCCCGGAUUGGUGGAGGAAUUCCACAUCAACCUGGACAAAUACACACCUGUCUUCCAUCGGCAGGUGAAGGGCUGCCACAAGGAAAGCAUCGCGACGGCGGCCCUAGGCAUGGACAAUCGAGAGCUGGCCCCCUCGUCCGUCAGCAUCACGGCCACCGUGAAGGAGAAGGGGACGGGGGUCGAAUUUACGGAAUCCGUGAUCCUCCAGGUCGAAAGAAAUCCCCUGGAAAUCAACCUGGACGCUUCCCCAGCCAACUUUAAGCCUGGCUUCGUGUACAAUGGCCUGGUGAAGGUGAAGGACAAGAGCGGGUCGCCUUCGCGAGGCCAGACGAUCCAGAUUUGCAAAGAUCCGUCCGACGGGUCGUCAGAGGAGCGGAUGGGGCGAUGCCGGAAUUUCACGACCGACUCCGAGGGUCUCGUUGUAUUCCAGAUUCCUCCGCAGGUCCCGGACGAAUCCUCCUUUGGCAUCGAGGUCUCGACACCCGGGCUGGAGAAAGACUUCCCGAAGAACCACAAGAAAGGAACGUGGGAGAAGCAGAUCCAUUCGUACAACGCCUACAAGUCGGUGAACGGCUGGCACUCGCCGUCCAAGGAGUACAUCCACAUCCUCCAUCCGGCGGGCCAGGGGGUUCCGGCGCGCUGCGGAGAGACGCUCUACUUCGACCUCCUCUACUCCACGUCGACGCCCGAAGCCGAGCAGCGCAUUCGCUACCAGGUGAUAGCCCGGGGGGAUGUCCUGGUCUCGAAGGCCUUCGACCACCAUUCGGACGAGGAGGAAGAGGGGUCCGGCGACUCGGAGUCCGGCGACCCGGAGCUGCUGGUCUACAAGUUGGACAAGAAGGCUCAGAUACCGAAGCACUUGAGCAGGGCCUCGGUGAAGAUCCCGGUGACGCCCGAGAUGGCACCCGAAAGCAAACUGGUAGUCUUUUACUUCAGGCCCGACGGAGAGGUGGUGUCUGAUCACAUGGCCUUCGGAGUGGAUCAAUGCCUCCCCAACAAGGUGAAACUGAAAUGGAAAGAGGAGGAAGUGGGGCCUGGAUCGAAGGUGGUGCUGAAGGUGAAGGCCGAGCCGGAGUCGGUCUGUGGGUUGAGGGUGGUGGACAAGAGUGUGGACCUCCUCAGACCAGGGGAUCAGCUGAAUGUGGACAAAGUGUUUCAGGCUUUGGAGCGCUUCCAGAUCUAUGGCUACGAGUUCCCCAGUCAGAGCACGGACAACGACUUCUGCCUCAGCCAUCGGCCCUCGAAUAAAGAUGAGGAUCGAGACCCGAUAGAUGACUUUAAAAUGUAUGAUUCCCGCAGUCACGCCCUUACGUCCUUCGAUCAUUCGGGGCUUUUGGUGCUAUCCGACCUAAGAGUCUACACCCUUCCCUGCCGUACCUACGAGGCACAACAGCAAAAUUAUGCAGCACCACAACAGUCAAAUUAUACAGCACAUUCGCCGUUGGCGGAUUCUCCGCCGAAAUACGUAUUGGUUGCCAAGCAUAGGAAUGUAUUCGUUGAAGACUCCUGGAAGCCGGCGUUCGACAAUGAGAUCCUUCCCGUCGAGGUUCGCGACUACUUCCCAGAGACCUGGCUGUGGUCCCUCGAGACCGUCGGGAAAACAGGGGAGUUGGAAUUGGACGAUUUGGAGGUGCCGGACACCAUCACGGAGUGGGUGGGGUCAGCAGUGUGCAGUUCCCCGCUGGUGGGACUGGGCUUGUCUUCCCCUCAAUCCCUCAUCGUCUCCCAGCCCUUCAUACUCGACCUCAUUCUUCCCUAUUCGAUCAAGCGAGGGGAGAUCCUUCCGCUCCAGAUCUCCAUCUUCAACUAUAAGGAACAUCCUCUUCCUGUCCAAAUUGAGGUGAAGGGAUCCGAGUCCUUCCAGGUGGACGGAGACACGGAGAAGAGCCUGUGCCUGAAGGAGCAAGGGAAGGAAGUCGUGACCUUCGAUCUGAACUUCCUGAAACUCGGAGAGGUCAACAUCACCGUCGUGGCUCAAGUCGACUUCAGCUUCCCCGAUGAUUGCGGACCGAAAGGCAUUCUGGCAGUC